GCCCAAAACAAUAUAGUCAAGGGUGCGUGAGCGCUGCACGGUAUCAUUAACUACCGUUGAACAAUCCUCAAGCUCAGGCGAAACCCACUCUUCCGAUUACCCGGAAAAUGGCAUCAGCUACGAAAGGAGAUAGAAACCCAAGUUCUGGUAAAAGAGUAGCUGUUGUAGGUGCUGGUGUCAGUGGGCUUGCUGCAGCGUACAAGCUGAAAUCUCAUGGCUUGAAGGUCACAGUAUUUGAAGCUGAAGGAAGAGCUGGAGGAAGGCUGAGAAGUAUUUCCCAUGAUGGUUUGAUUUGGGAGGAGGGUGCAAAUACCAUGACUGAGGGUGAACAUGAGGUCGAGAAUUUAAUCGAUGAUCUUGGGAUUCGUGACAAACAGCAAUUUCCGAUUUCACAGAACAAACGGUAUAUUGUAAGAAAUGGGAAGCCAGUGAUGAUACCCACAAAUCCCAUUGCGCUAAUCAUGAGCAGCCUUCUUUCUGCACAAUCAAAGUGUCAGAUCAUUCUGGAGCCAUUUUUGUGGAAGAAACACGAGUCAUCAAAAGUGUACAAUGCUUAUACUGAGGAAAGUGUUGGUGAGUUUUUUCAGCGUCAUUUUGGCAAAGAGGUGGUUGAUUAUCUUGUCGACCCUUUUGUAGAGGGCACAAGUGGUGGAGAUCCUGAAUCCCUUUCUGUACGCCAUUCUUUUCCAGAGUUAUGGAAUCUGGAAAACCGCUUUGGUUCUAUUAUUGCUGGGGCUGUUCUGGCAAAGUUAUCUGCCAAAAGGGAGAAGAGCAGGGAAACAAAAGUAUCUUCAGAAAAGAAGAAACGCCAGCGUGGUUCAUUUUCUUUUCUGGGUGGAAUGCAGACUCUAACUGACUUGUUGUCCAAAGAGCUCGAGAAAGAUGAGCUUAGACUAGAAUCAAAGGUCUUGUCAUUGUCUUACAAUCAUGAUUCAAAGUCAGCGUUAGAGAAUUGGUCAGUUUCUUAUGCUUCUAAGGGUGCCAAACGUUUGCAAGACUCAUCUUAUGAUGCUGUCAUCGCAACGGCUCCACUGUGCAAUGUUAAAGAAAUGAAGAUCACAAAAAGGAGAAAUCUCUUCCCGCUGGACUUUCUUCCUGAGGUGAGUUACGUGCCCUUAUCAGUCAUUAUUACCACUUUUAAGAAGGAGAAUGUCAAGAGACCCCUUGAAGGCUUCGGUGUGCUAGUUCCUUCUAAAGAGCAAGAAAAUGGUCUAAAAACUCUUGGUACACUCUUUUCCUCUAUGAUGUUUCCAGAUCGUGCACCCAGUGAUCUAUAUCUCUAUACAACUUUUGUUGGUGGGAGCCGAAACAAGGAACUGGCAAAAGCUUCAACGGAUGAUCUGAAACAGAUUGUUACUUCUGACCUUAGGCAACUGUUAGGAGCAGAGGGAGAGCCCACAUUUGUGAAUCAUUUCUAUUGGAGUAAAGCAUUUCCAUUGUAUGGGAGGAAUUAUGCUUCAGUGCUAGAAGGGAUCGAGAAGAUGGAGAAAAAUUUACCUGGAUUCUUCUAUGCAGGCAACCAUAAAGGUGGACUAUCUGUGGGCAAAGCAAUAGCAUCUGGAUGCAGAGCAGCUGAUCUUGUAAUAUCCUAUCUGGAGUCUUCUUCAGAGGACAAGAUGUUGAAAGGGUCAUUACCGUAGGAAUUUAAUUGGUACAUAGUUUACUCUCAUCCUGCUAUUGUCUUCCUUCUGAGUUCUGAUACGAGAAAGUAAGAGCAAAUUUUAGUUGCUUGUAAAAUAAUAUCUGAUUUCAAUUGCAAGCGAGCACGCAAAGCUUUUAUUGUAAAUCCCAGUGCACCUUUUCUAAUGCAAUUAUGAUUUACAUCUCA